AUGUUGGUGUUGACGUGGGGUGACAGGUCUCGUCCGACGAGUGCUACGCCGGCUUCGAGCCCGACGGAGGAGGGGAUGGAGGUGCAGGAGGGAAUGGGGUAUCAGCAGCAUCAGCAGCAGCAGGUGGCGGCGCAGCUUGUGCUGUAUCAACAGCAUCAGCACCAAGAACAGCAGCAGCAGAGUCAAGCUCAACACCCUCAGCAGCAGAUUCAUCAGCCUGUUGCAUAUAACCCCCAGCGCGACACGGCUCCUCUUGCUUCUGUGACGGAGGAAAGUGAGCAUGAAGAACUGGACGGGGAGAUCGAUAGACUCUCUGGGCUUCCUUUUUGGUAUGGACUCGAUGGUGUGGCGGCGCGGGAGCCUGGGAAUCAGCGCCAGGGGCCGCAGAAGAGGAUAGAGUAG